AUGACUCCGGGCGCGCCGACCGAAGGUACCAUCCUGGCGGCGGGUGCGCUCGCCGCCUCCGAGAUCCGACAGCGGAUUUGGGAGGCAUUGGAGGACAAGGACACCGACUACCCGGUGCCCGGGCACCCGCCGAUACGCCCGGACGAGGGCUUCGUCGACCUGGGCAUGCUGACCCGGGUCGUGGACUCGCACCCGCCGGUGCUCGAGGAUGCCGAUCGCGCCGCCUCCCGUGGUCUCGUCCUGCAGCUGGCGCCCAAGAAGGCGCUGCGGGUGUCGUCCGCCUCUGUGGGGCGGACCGCGGUCCCGCCCGCGGCGAGCGGCGGGGUCCCUGGUGAGGUCGCGGAUCCCGUCGCGGAAGCGGUCCCCGUGACGGCGACCGGCGGAGUGGCGGCGCCAUCAGGCGCGGGAGAGGGCGUGGACCCCGUUCCGCCUUCCGCUUCCCCGGUCGACCCUUCGGUGCAGAGCAUCGUUCCCCAGAGCCCUCAGACCGAGGAGGUGAUCGACCUCGACGCCGACGAGGCGGAGGGGACGGCGGUGACGGGAGCAGGGACGAGUGUCCCUGCAGCCGCGACGGGAACAGCGGCGGCGACAGAGGAGGGAGUGCCUGCCUCCGCGGCCGUGGCGGAGGAGGCAGUGGGGACGGCGGCGGGGACCUCCGCCCCGGGGGUCCCGGCGGAGGUGCCACCGGCGGCGGAGGCGGAGGUUCCCGCUCGAGGGGCUCCGGCAGGGGCGGAGGAGCCCGCCUCGGUUGCGGCGGAAAGCGAGGUGGCCGCAGGGAUAUUUGUUCCGCCGCCCGCGUCGGAGGCGGUGGUGCCGUCGAGCGGGUCCGCGGCGGCCCCGACAGCGAUAGGCUCUCAUGGAGUGCAGUCAGGGGAAAUCCGAUUUCCCCGGCUGGAGCGGGGGCUCUGGGAGCGCUUCAACUUGGAGAGGGAGCGAACCAGGGACCUAACCAUGCAGGUUGCCGCCGCCCAGGGGGCCAUUAAAGACCUGCUGAGGUGCGAGCAGGCGGCGCAGGAGGACGCGCGGCGGUCGGAAGCCAAAUUCCAAGCCGUCGUCGAUAAGGCCUGCCUCGACCGCGAGGAGUUCCAGGCCGCUGCCGAAAAGGCCCGCCACGACGCCGAGGAGCUCGGAGUGCGAGAGUGUGCUGUUGGCUUGAGGGAAAGAGUCUCCGUCCCCGUCUCGUGA